AUGAUACCUCCAGGAGAUAAUGCUAUCAAAGAACUCACUCGAUUCAUCUACGAUAGCCCAACUCUUGAGAAUCCAACUGCUCAGAGUCUCUCUGAAAAAGCAAUAGUUUGCCCACAAAAUGAUACCGUGGAUGAAAUAAAUACAAUGGUUCUUGGCAUGACUUCGGGAAAUAGCAAGACUUAUCUUAGCACAGACUCAAUAAACCCGCGUGCCGGCUGCCAUGGCGAUAUCGACUUGCUCUAUCCAACGGAAUACCUAGCUAUGCUGAAUUUCAACGGUUUGCCCCCACAUGAAUUAGAGCUAAAGGUUAAUGUUCCAGUAAUACUUAUUCGUAACAUCAAUCAAACAUCUGGACUUUGCAAUGGCACAAGGAUGAUCGUCACUCAACUAUUGUCCAGAGUCAUUGAGGCACAAAUUAUGACCGGUACAGCAAUAGGACGACGUGUCUAUAUACCUCGAAUCACGUUGACUCACGUAGAUGAACAACUUCCUUUCACUUUCAAAAGAAAACAAUUUCCGCUAAAACUUUGUUAUGCAAUGACGAUAAAUAAAAGUCAAGGUCAAUCACUGAACAAAAUUGGUAUCUAUCUUCCUGAACCAGUGUUUGGGCAUGGUCAACUCUAUGUGGCACUUUCACGUGCCACAUCUCCGCAAUCACUGAAAAUUUUAUUUGUUCCAAAUGCUAAUGCGCCACUAAAGGAAAUAGAUGACGCUUUGGCCAAUAAUUAA